AUGAGAGUUAUGAGUCCAAACAACCCCUAUACUGUACUCAUAGAAGAUCUGGAAUUCAAGGAGAUUACUGGUGAUGGAGUUGUUGAUAAAGGAGAUGGUAACCUACAACUGUCUCAUGAUGAAGGCACUGGAGUUGGGAAAACAACUACAAUUCUAACCCUGGGGGAAGGAUUUGGUUGGGAUGGCAACACCUUGAGAUAUAGAACCGGUAAUGUCUCCCUUUUGUUCACUGCAAUCUAUGGCUUACACACUGUGGAGACUAGGAAGAGCUUAUGGCAAUCUUUGACCCAUAUUCUUCCUAGUGUGGGUGCUCAACCUUGGCUGCUGGCUGGUGAUUUCAACUCUAUCCUAUCUACUGAAGAUAGGAUCAAUGGUACUCCUGUAACUACUGCUGAAAUCCAGGAUUUUAGUAACUUUAUUGUUAGUACUGGCCUUUGCCCACUUCAGAGUGUUGAUCACUAUUUUUCUUGGCACAAAAGUCCUGGUGAGGGGCAAACUGCAAGCAGAAUUGAUUGGUGUUUAGGCAAUGCUGCAUGGGUUCACAAGUUUAGUGGUGUUCCUACUGAAUAUCUCAAUCCAUCCAUCUCUGACCACUCUCCUCUGUUGAUUAACUGUUUACCUGAUAAAGCUGAAGGUGGUAGACCUUUCAGAUUCUUGAAUUACCUUAGUGAGCAUAGUCAAUUCUUACCUCUGGUGGAGGAUGUUUGGAGCUCUACUGAAGUUAGGGGUUCCUACAUGUACAAGCUAUGGUACAAAUUGAAGAUAGUCAAGUCAAAACUGAAAUGUUUGCAUAGAGAGGAAUUUGCUGGUGUGAAAGAGAGAGUUGACAAGGCCAGAGUUCAUCUUGAUAAUGUGCAAAAUGCUUUACAAACUGCCCCAACUGCUGAUUUGUUUGAACAGGAAAAAGUUUGCAUUGCAAAUCUGAAGAAAUGGCUCAGAGUGGAUGAGAUUGCUUUGAGACAGAAAUCUAGGAUUCAGUGGCUGCAAGUGGGUGAUUCUAACCAUCAGUUUUUCUUUUCUGCUAUGAAGGAGAGAAACAGGCAGAACAGGAUUUCAGUGCUUUAUGAUGAGAAUAAUAAUAAACUGGUGGAACCAGAUGGAAUUCAGGGUGAGAUUGUAGGUUUCGACAAAACAUUGUUGGGAUCAGCUUCUAGCUCUCUUCCUGCUAUCCACAUCCCUACUGUAAGAAGUGGCACUAAACUUAGUAACUCUGCUAAGAAUUGGCUAACUAGAGAAGUUACUACUCUUGAAAUUGAUCAAGCUCUUAAGGGUACCUGGUCUAGAUGGACUUAA